AUUGUUUCCCAAAUAAGUACUCAAGUAAACGUCCGAAAUAGGGCAGGCGUCAGAUCUCUCUCGCUUCGACGCAGGAGCGCUUCCUCUCGUGGGUCGGUUUCCGGUGGUAGCUCGGCGAACUAUCCGACGCUGCAGAGGAAGAAAGAGGGAGGAGUGUGAGACGAUGCAUUCUUUCGGCUACAGGGCGAACGCUGUGGUGACGUUCGCCGUCACCAUCUUGGCUGUUACGUGCGCCAUGGUCUCCCUCUCAGACAACUUCAAUUCUCCCUCGCCCACCGCCGACGUCAAGGUUCUUAAUAUAAAUUGGUUCCAGAAGCAGCCAAAUGGGAAUGAUGAGGUCAGCUUAACACUGAACAUAUCGGCGGAUCUUUCAUCUCUAUUCACGUGGAAUACUAAGCAGGUGUUUGUCUUUGUAGCAGCUGAAUAUGAGACACCUCAGAAUGCCUUGAAUCAGGUUUCACUUUGGGACGGAAUCAUACAAUCAAAAGAGCAUGCUAAAUUUUGGAUUCAUACCACAAACAAGUACCGUUUCACCGACCAGGGCAACAACCUCAGAGGCAAGGAUUAUAACAUGACACUUCAUUGGCAUAUCAUGCCGAAGACUGGCAAGAUGUUUGCCGACAAAAUAGUAAUGACGGGAUACUACCUUCCUCAGGAUUACAAAUAGUAAAUGCUUGCAGUUAAUUCCUCUAGCUGAUUUAAUUUAAACAUUCGAGAAUUUGAUACGAUGUACGAUUCUAACUGCAAGUUUUGCAAAAGGGUAGGAGUUAAUGUUGUUGGAUUUUCUCGCCUAUUCCUCUUAUGUAGGCUUUUGUACCUUUUCUGGGGAAAACAGCAAAAGUUAGGUAUCUUACUUUCCUGCACUUGUGUAUUAUCUUUUUCACCACCAUUUUGUCGAUGAUAAAAUCUCCUUUUGGAUAA